GAUUUUGCUCUAACAAUGUGGAUUGCUAAUAAAGUGAAUUGUAUCAGCUUUGAAUUUUAUUAUCACGUUUCCAUAAUUUAUGCUGCUAAACAACUUUCUAUGUGUUGUUUACUGUCACAAGCUGGCUUGGUUGGUGAUACUUUUUUUUAUGGUUUUUGGGCAGUGCGAUCUUUUGGAACAGAAGGAAGGAAAAAGGAUGGUCCACAAAUUCCUCCAGGUGACAAGGUGUAUGAGUAUAUACUGUUCCGCGGAACAGACAUCAAGGAUUUACAGGUUAAAUCUUCUCCACCUGUCCAGCCUAUUCCACCGAUAAACACUGAUCCAGCUAUUAUUCAGUCUCAAUAUCCUCGCCCUGUCACCACAUCUGCGAGUUUACCAGCCGUAAGUGGGUCUUUGGCUGAUCUUAGUACUCAUGCCCCACAGCUCGGACAUCCUGGAUCAAAUUUUCAAGGGCCCAUGCCUUUAUAUCAACCUGGAGGGAACAUAGGGUCAUGGGGAGCGUCUUCAGCUGCCCCAAAUGCAAAUGGUGGUGGGCUUGCUAUGCCUAUGUAUUGGCAAGGAUAUUAUAGUGCCCCAAAUGGACUUCCUCCUCAUUUGCACCAGCAAUCUUUGCUUCGACCACCGCCUGGCUUAUCGAUGCCUUCAUCUAUGCAGCAACCAAUGCAGUUUCCUAAUUUUAGUCCCGCUUUGCCAACUGGGCCUUCAAAUUUGCCAGAAUUACCAUCAUCUUUACUCCCUAUGGGUACUAGUUCUGCUGGUAUAACAUCAACUUCUAUACCCUCAUCGAAUCUUGCAUCAACCUUACCUCCAGCUCCUUCUGCUACACUAGCUCCUGAAACUUUGCAAGGAUCAGUUCCAAACAGGACAUCAACUGUUUCGCUUCCAGCAGUCACACUAGCAGCUAACUUACCAUCAGUAACUCCUAGUGGUCCAGAUAUCAGUGCAUUAGCACCACUGAUUAACAAAUCUAGUGUAAUUUCUGGUUCAAGCUUGCCAUACCAAACUUUAUCCCAGAUGACUCCUGCAAUUGUUGGAUCAUCAAAUUCUACCUUGCCAUACCAAACUGUAUCCCAGACGACUCCUGCAAUUGCUGGGUCAUCAAAUUCUAUCCUGCCAUACCAAACUGUAUCCCAGAUGACUCCUGCAAUUGUAGGAUCAUCAAAUUCUACCCGUAUAGAAACACCAGUCCCUUCUCUGGUAACCCCUGGUCAAUUAUUGCAAUCUGGACCAACUGUAGCAUCUUCAUCUCAGACCUCACAAACACCUCAUAAGGAUGUUGAAGUGGUUCAGGUAUCAUCAACGUUGCCUCCAGAGACAUCUGUCCCAGUUUCUGCUGACACUCAGCCACCAAUAUUGCCUUUGCCAGUAACUUCACGGCCCAGCCAGAGGCUCGGGGGAGCGUCCAUCCAACCUCAUCAUGGCUAUGGUUAUAGGGGACGUGGAAGAGGAAGAGGAAUUGGGGGUUUACGCCCGGUUGAAAGAUUCACUGAAGAUUUUGACUUCAUGGCUAUGAACGAGAAAUUCAAAAAGGAUGAAGUGUGGGGCCAUCUAGGUAAAAGCAACAAGUCUUCAAAGAUUAAUAUUAAUUUUGAAUGA